CCCACUCCUCCCGACUCCAGUGAGAUGCGAGGAGAGACGCUCUCUUUCGGCAGCUACUCCCUCGGGGGCUCUUCUGCUGUUCCGACCAAGUCGGGGCCGAGCUCGACACCGCCGCGCUCUCUGCGGGACUCUUGGGAUUCGGACUCUGAAUCCGAGUCGGUACCCCACGAUCCUUCUACCAAGAUCCCGGGGUUCAUCUACUAUUCGUCGGAGGAGGACGAGAAGACCCCAUCUCCGCCAGUUCCGCCGAUCCGUCGUGAGGUCGUCGCCCCUCCCGUUCCUGCCGGCCGCGGUGGGCGAAGCCGCCGCCCUCCAGCUCUUCCCGCAGCGGUUCCGAGCGAGAGCUCUGUGGCAUCCCACCAUCCGAGCCGGUGCUUCCUCGAAGACCCAGGCUCGCCCAGCUAUGACGAGUCCACCGGGCACUCCGUCACCAGUCAGGCUCCUUCACCUUCUUACCCCCCACCCUAUACUUGCAAGCGGGGGUGGAAUUGUGGCACGCACUGAAGUCUACUCGUACUUUUAAUGGCAAGGUGUUUAAUUGUUGUAAGGCGCUUGUGCCAUGUACUUGCCCGUUUUCCGGGAUGAAUAAAAUUUGGAUUUGAUU